UCCCGCCGCCGCCAUGGGCCGGAACGACCUGAUGGGCACGGCCGAGGACUUCGCCGACCAGUUCCUCCGGGUCACCAAGCAGUACCUGCCACACGUGGCGCGCCUGUGCCUGAUCAGCACGUUCCUGGAGGACGGCGUCCGCAUGUGGUUCCAGUGGGGCGAGCAGCGCGACUACAUCGACACCACGUGGGGCUGUGGCUACGCGCUGGCCUCCGCCUUCGUGUUGCUCAACCUGCUCGGACAGCUGACUGGCUGCAUCCUGGUGUUGAGCAGGAACUUCGUACAGUAGGCCUGUUUUGGGCUCUUUGGAAUCAUAGCACUGCAGACCAUUGCUUACAGGAUCCCCUGGGACUUGAAGUUUUUGAUGAGGAAUCUGGCCCUGGGAGGAGGCUUGCUGUUGCUCCUGGCGGAGUCCCGUUCUGAGGGGAAGAGCAUGUUCGCAGGGGUCCCCACCAUGCGCGAGAGCUCUCCCAAGCAGUACAUGCAGCUGGGAGGCCGGGUUCUGCUGGUCUUGAUGUUCAUGACCCUCCUCCACUUUGAUGCCAGCUUCUUCUCGAUUCUUCAGAACAUCGUGGGCACAGCUCUGAUGAUUUUAGUGGCCAUUGGUUUUAAAACCAAGUUGGCUGCUUUGACUCUUGUCGUCUGGCUGUUUGCCAUCAACGUGUAUUUCAACGCCUUCUGGACCAUUCCUGUCUAUAAGCCUAUGCACGACUUCCUGAAGUAUGACUUCUUCCAGACCAUGUCGGGGAUUGGAGGCUUGCUCCUGGUGGUGGCCCUGGGCCCCGGGGGCGUCUCCAUGGACGAAAAGAAGAAAGAGUGGUAACACACCCCUUCCCUGCCUGGCUGAGACCCGUGGCCAUCGAGGACUGGUUCGGGUGGAUUCGACAAAACUGCCAGCAUUUAUGUAUCCUCUUCCCUUCUCUCCCUUGGUAAAGGCACAGAUGUUUUGAGAAUUUA